AUGGAGAGUGUCCCGGAGGCUCUCGAUCUGGUGGUCUUGGCGGAGGCGUCGGAGAAAUACGGCCGGACGGUGACGAGCCCUCGGUUCACCGCGGAGGGUUUCUCGGCGGUCCCCUUCAACGAGACCAGCGAAUCCAAGUGCGGGGUUGGCCCUUCGCACUGGUAUGAGCUUCCGCUUGCCUGUGAGAAAGUCAAACGCGAUACGGGCCUCUGCAUCAAGGGCCGCCUCUUUACUUCGUGCAUGCCGCGCAAUGUGGAUGAAGACUGGCCUGAGACGUCACCCGACGGGAGCUAUCCUGCGUGGUUGACCGACGCGAAUGAGACUGACCCAAACGUGAACCGCCAGCUAUUCAAGAUUCACGUGGCUGAGAACGGGAUUUGCAACAUUCUUGCUCUUGUUGAGGAUCGAGAGCCUCCAGCAGGCAGGAGCACUCGCUUCGGGGGUCUGCGGAUUACGCUGCUCUCGGGCUUACUGUGCUGCGUUGCCCAACGCACGAUUUCAAUUGUCCAUGUCCAGGAUCGUUCAAACGAGCAAUGGAGCUCUUGA